GCUGCCGGGCUCCCGCCGCCGCUGCGGCUCCGCGCCGCUUGGCUGGCCGCUGCUUGCCUGCUGCCGGGCCCAUGGCGAGCACGUCGGCGGAGAUCAUCGCCUUCCUGCUGACUAUCUCGGGCUGGGUGCUGGUCUCCUCCACGCUGCCCACCGACUACUGGAAGGUGUCCACUAUCGAUGGGACGGUCAUUACCACCGCCACCUUCUGGGCCAACCUCUGGAAGACCUGCGUGACCGACUCCACCGGCGUCUCCAACUGCAAGGACUUCCCAUCUAUGCUGGCGCUGGACGGUUACAUCCAAGCCUGCAGAGGACUGAUGAUCUCUGCUGUCUGCCUGGGCUUCUUCGGUGCUGUUUUUGGACUCAUUGGGAUGAAGUGUACAAAAGUUGGAGGCUCUGAUCAGACUAAAGCAAAAAUAGCUUGUUUAGCGGGACUGAUUUUCAUACUCUCUGGGUUGUGCUCUAUGACUAGUUGUUCCCUGUAUGCAAACAGGAUUACGUCUGAGUUCUUUGAUCCUUCUUUUGUUGCACAAAAGUAUGAAUUAGGAGCAGCUUUGUUCAUUGGAUGGGCUGGAGCUUCACUCUGCAUUAUUGGUGGCAGUAUAUUCUGCUUCUCAAUAACUGAAACCAGUAAUUCUCCAAGGAGAGGGUAUGCAUAUAAUGGAGCCACAUCUGUGAUGUCUUCUCGUACAAAGGUCCACAACAGCAUCCCAGACAAAACCCCACCAAAGCAUUUUGACAAGAACGCUUAUGUUUAAUUGUGCCACUGGAAGAUUCAAAGCGUUUGAAAAAUGAGUUUGUUUGUUUCAUUCCGAGUGAUUUCCCCUCCCCCAACCCCAAUGUACUUACCACUAAGACAAUGACUUUUUAAAACAUAAACUUGUAGCUUUUUCU